UGGGAGUGCUGCACAUGCGCAGUCACGGGGCUGACGCGGUAGUGACCCUGAUUCCCUUCUCCUUCCGCCGGGCGCAAAAUGGCGAGCCUCGAGCCUUUAAAUGAAGAAUAUCCGACAGAAAUCCACGAGUUUUUGGUGGGGUUCGAGGAGUCACUGAAGUCUGCUGAUGGAAUGUUGAGGACCCUGAUGUCGGUGCCCAGGAGUGAGUUGCUCCAGAAGUUGGACCCUCUUGAGCAAGCUAAGCUGGAUUUAGCCUCUGCUUAUGCAUUGAAUUCAAUGUUUUGGAUAUACCUCAUCACACAAGGAAUUAACCCCAAAGAACAUGGUGUCAAACAGGAAUUGGAGCGGAUAAGGACCUACAUGAACAAAGUGAAAGAGAUAACGGACCGCCAGAAGGCAUCGCGACUGGACAAGGGAGCAGCAUCGCGAAUUGUUCGGAAUGCAUUGUGGGAGGCAAAGCCAGAAGGAAGGUCAAAAAUACCAUCCCAAUCAUCACAUCAUUGAAAAAGCAAAGAAAAUUCAGUAUCGUACGAACAAACGAAGAGUAACUUUGACAAGAACUUUCCUUGUCAUGCCACUGGGUGUCAGUAAUGUUUAACAUUAUAGUUUGUUUUUAUUUUUUUUAAAAAGUUGCACAUGAAUUUUUAUUUUUCUUCCCAAAUAAAUUUACAAGAAAUCACUGCGGUAAUAGGCAGCAUUUGUCUUCAAGUAUAAUGUUUGAGAACUUAUAACUUCUCAAAGGUCUCUUUUUUUGAGUACCUAGGUCUUUUGUAAGUAGUUGUUCCCAUUUCCGAGGUUGUGCGUUUUUAUUUUAAAAUAAAGUGGUUUUUGAUAUAAUUUGAAUACUACAGUGCAUUCUAGCCCUGCUUAACAGACAGGCUAGGAAGUGUGUGCUUCCUCUGUUCUAACUUAAAUCACUGUAUAACCAGCAUGUGAUGCCAGACCCAAAAACUCAGUACAAACAGGUUCCACUGCAUUGACCUCAGUAACAUAAACUGCACUCUGUACAAUAGCGUCUUGGGGAUAUAGCUACACACCAUUUUAUGUAGACCUGAACAGAAUGGUUGGUUUCAUUAUUAAGUAGUUUUAAAAAAAAAUUGAUACCCAUUUAUUCAUUUUCAGUAGUUGGGACCCAGGCACAAAAGUUUUUUUUUGUGUAACUGUUUACAUAGUUACCAGUUGGGUGAAUCAGUGAAAGGGCCCUUUGACACAACUGGCGACCACCAGCACCAUGGCAAAGCAGACUGCUGCGAGGAAGGUGGUGCCAACUGGCAGCCCAAUCACCCAGAGAGUGGUCACUGGCUCUGCAGGAAGAAUGUCCUGAGGCCAAGAAGCUGUUCAGUAACUGAACAGGGCUUCUACGAUCAGGAGGAAACUGAAUACAGGCAACCUGGUCAUUUUAAAGGGAUGAAACAAAUGAACAUGAUUGAAUAUUGGGGAAAUCGAUCUUGCCAAAAUAUACAGACUAUAUCUUGGGGGUGUAUUUUGUGGCCUUAUUUUGGAACAAUCAGGAAAAAACAAACCUUUUCCCUUUGGUUCUUCGCCACAUCGCUGGGAAUGUUGAAGCUUUAUUUGCAUUGUGUUUUCAUGUUUGUAACGGUUUAGGGCUGAAAAAUCUUGCUUUGGGAGUGCCUCUCCUGAUAUUACAUACAUUUAAGUUGGAAACCUUGUUACGAUUUCAUUACUAGGUUCCAGGAAUGUAUCUACUAUUUAAAAUGAGGUAUUCCUGUAUGUGAAUUGAUUAUAAUCUAUUCCAAAUGAUUGCCGUAACUUAGCUCAUGCUGAAGAGGAGCCUGCUGCAAGUCUAUUUUCCUUUGCUGUUUAAAAUACCAUGAAGUUGGCACCUCAAUUGACCAUCCUGAUGUCCACUUUCGCUGCUUUGUGUUUUCACUGGUAACUUGUAAAGUUGACUUUAUUGUGUUUGGUGAAGUGAAGUUCACAACGACUACCAUUCAUUGAUAUGACAGUAAAAAGAAUUAAGCCUGAAAGAAAUUCAGUACUUUCCUAGUCUCUUUUAAAAUGCCAACUUGGGGAGAAGCAAAGUUGAGCAUUUGAAAACGUUUGACUCUCUUCAAGCAGUGCAAUCUUAAUGAUGCCAAAUGUCAUUUUCAGUAAAUGAUCAGUGUCAGUCAAAUUGGUAGUGUCCUGCAUACCUGCAAUGGUAUACCUUUGAUGUAAGCAAAUAUUCUGAACUGUUACAAUAUACGUAAGUAAAUUUUCAUUUUAAAUACACACUUAUACACACACAACUUCUGUAGUCAUCGGUGUUGUGACCUUAGAAGUUUUGCUUUAGUAUUUGUUUUCAUUCUACACUUAAAUGUUUUUGUUGGCAUUUUCCUAACUCUCUAGUUUAUAGAGUAGAUUUAAUCUUUCCUAGAAAAGGGCUUACUUAAGGUUUGAAAAUGAUGUAAAAUAAUAAGCUGAAAGUCAGCAAGUGUUUACAUGAAUUUAUUGGUGUUUGUACAUAGUGCUUCCUGUAUGUAACACUUUACUGUAAAUUAAAACAAAUUCAGCUUCA